UACCUGGCGCUGCUGGGCCUGGCCGAGCACUUCCGCACCUCCAGCCCGCCCAAGGUCCGGCUGUGCGUGCACUGCCUGCAGGCCGUGCUGCCCCGCAAGCCCCCGGCCCGCAUGGAGGCCCGCACGCACCUCCAGCUCGGCUCCGUGCUCUACCACCACACCCGGAACGGGGAGCAGGCCCGGGGGCACCUGGAGAAAGCGUGGCUGAUCUCGCAGCAGAUCCCGCAGUUUGAGGACGUGAAGUUCGAGGCAGCCAGCCUGCUGUCCGAGCUGUACUGCCAGGAGAACUCGGUGGACACAGCGAAGCCUCUGUUACGCAAGGCCAUCCAGAUCUCACAGCAGACUCCAUACUGGCACUGUAGGCUGCUUUUCCAACUUGCACAACUACAUACUCUUGAAAAAGAUCUGGUAUCUGCAUGUGACCUUUUGGGAGUGGGAGCAGAGUAUGCCCGGGUGGUGGGGUCAGAGUAUACCAGAGCACUGUUUCUGCUAAGCAAGGGAAUGCUCCUUCUGAUGGAACGGAAGCUGCAGGAGGUGCACCCUCUCCUUACCCUGUGUGGGCAGAUAGUUGAAAAUUGGCAAGGAAACCCCAUCCAGAAGGAGUCGUUGCGUGUGUUCUUCUUAGUCCUGCAGGUCACACAUUACCUGGAUGCCGGGCAGGUGAAGAGUGUGAAGCCGUGCCUGAAGCAGCUUCAGCAGUGCAUUCAGACCAUCUCCACGCUACAUGAUGAUGAGAUUCUGCCCAGCAACCCUGCGGAUCUCUUUCACUGGCUGCCCAAGGAACACAUGUGUGUGCUUGUCUACUUGGUGACAGUGAUGCAUUCCAUGCAAGCAGGAUACCUGGAGAAGGCUCAGAAGUACACAGACAAAGCACUCAUGCAGCUAGAGAAGCUAAAAAUGUUGGACUGCAGUCCUAUCUUGUCAUCUUUCCAAGUUAUUUUGUUGGAACACAUUAUCAUGUGUCGGCUUGUCACAGGACACAAAGCCACAGCGUUGCAGGAGAUCUCACAAGUCUGCCAGCUCUGCCAGCAGUCUCCCAGGCUGUUUUCUAAUCACGCUGCCCAGCUGCACACUCUGUUAGGGCUCUACUGCAUUUCUGUUAAUUGCAUGGACAAUGCAGAAGCACAGUUUACUACAGCACUGAGGCUCACUACACACCAGGAGCUGUGGGCAUUCAUUGUGACAAACCUGGCCAGUGUGUACAUCAGGGAAGGCAACCGGCACCAGGAGCUUUACAGCUUGUUGGAAAGGAUAAAUCCAGACCACAAUUUUCCUGUGAGCUCCCACUGCCUUCGAGCAGCAGCUUUCUAUAUCCGAGGUCUGUUCUCCUUCUUCCAAGGAAGAUACAACGAGGCAAAGAGGUUUUUGCGAGAGACGCUGAAAAUGUCAAAUGCAGAAGAUUUGAAUCGAUUAACAGCAUGUUCCCUGGUGCUCCUGGGCCAUAUAUUCUACGUGUUAGGGAAUCACAGGGAAAGUAAUAAUAUGGUAGUGCCAGCCAUGCAGCUUGCAAGCAAGAUCCCAGAUAUGUCUGUGCAGCUGUGGUCUUCAGCUCUGCUGAGAGACCUGAACAAAGCCUGUGGAAAUGCAAUGGAUGCACACGAGGCAGCACAGAUGCAUCAGAACUUCUCACAGCAGCUCCUCCAGGACCACAUUGAAGCAUGCAGUCUUCCAGAACACAAUUUAAUCACGUGGACAGACGGACCACCUCCCGUACAGUUCCAGGCACAGAACGGACCCACCACCAGCCUGGCCAGUCUCCUGUGAAAAACAAUCAGGACAGUGUGUUUAAUAAGAAACAAACAAACAAACAAAACAAAAGCAAAAAAAAAAGAGAGAAAAACUCAUUGCAAAAUCUUUUCUUCAAAGAAAAGGCAGCAAAUUCCUCUUCUAGCGAGGGCCUUGUAGGAAACUGCAUAAAGACAACAUACAUUUCAUAGACUUGCAAAGUGAGAAGGGCAUUUUGAGCUACUUUUACAUAACGUGUGUGAAUAUACAGCUAGAGUGUAUAUACCUACUGGUUUUAAUCUGUUUUCCUCUUACUGAGAAGUAAGGUUUAGUCCAAAGGACGCUCGUUCCUUAAGCUGUUAGACUUGGUUUUUGUCACAGAGAGUUGAGAGGACUUGCACAGUUUGGAAUACCAGUUGUAUUCUAAAUGCUCAAACCUUCCCUGAGUUACAAUGCAUGCCAGUUUUAAUAUCUUCUGUGCCCUUCCACUCCUGGGAACAACGGGAUUCAAUCCUGACUGGUUGUAGGGUGCCCUAAAGUUCUACAUUUAGCUUCUGAGGUGAUGUUCUCAUCUUCUGCGAGUCGCCUUGCAGUGCUGAGGGCGGUGGGAUGUGGGUGUGUGAGCAGAGUUGCAGAUCCCACAGCCUGGGGCUGUCAGUGUGUGACAGUCUGUGCCACCACUGUCCCCACGAGGGUCUCCCUUCCGUGUCCCUGCACUGCUGGUGAGGCAGAACCAGAACUGCAGCUCUCUCCAUCUCUGCUGUUUUGUAGCGAUUUGUACCAGAGGAGGAGAUUUCUUCUCAUUUUGGCCCAGCUUUUAGCAUCCUGCAGCCUCACCAAGGCAAGGCAGUGUCUGUGCCUUAACAAUUUCUACCAAUGAUUGCAGUGAGGGUUCAGCUCGGCGAGGUGGUUGAAGCCAGUUCCCAUAGAAGCAAGAGGGUUGCACUUAGCCAGAAAGUAUUUCUGUGUUAGCCUCUCUGUUUUAUCUCCCUUUUUUGAGCUCCUGUCUCCCCGUGCCUCUGCAGCUGUCCUGAAGCAGGACAAGCAUGGCCCAAAUUGCUUCUGUAGGAAACGGUACAGAAGUUGUCAAUCCCAUGGAGCCAGGCUGCUGCAGUGCAGUGUAACCUUACAGGCUUCCAAGGGUCAAAUAAAGGUAGUUUGGUUUUUUUUUCCUCUCCUGGUAGCUCUGCAUAUUUAUCACCCAGUUGAAAAAGGGAAGGGGAAAGGAAUCUGUGAGCUGAGUUCCUUUGGUAGGUCUGUGCUUUUUUGCAGAGAGAAAGUGUUUGACCCCUCAAGGAAGACUGAACCCUGCCUCUAUUGGUCCUCCUUUUGGAAAACCCUUCCCCCUAUCAAGCAACAGCAAACACAGACACGUUUUGUAAUUCAAACCCUUUGGUUUUAACCACUGAAUGACAUAAAAGGGACACAUCCUCAUCCCCUCCGUGGGGUUUUAUGCUCAUCCUACUGGACAUGCAGGGCAGAUUCAGAUCCUGCUUUCAGACAGUUGCUCCUGCAGAAGCCGUGUGUGUUUUAGGCUUUGUCAAAUCUCCAGUAGGCAAAACACGUCCUCAGUAUCGCUGUAAGGAGAGUAUUAUUGGGGUUGCAGAAGGAAGUUCAGUGCUAUUUUGAAGGCUGUUUUAUUCCCUAAGAACUCCAAAAAGAAGGAAGGCUGUGAGGUUUGUGAGCUGCAGGGAGAUAUCAGCCACAGGGAGGGUCCGUGCAGAUGGAAGCUGCUGCUGCUCACCAUGCUGUUGGUUGGGAUGGAGUGUUCCUGUCUGCCAGCUGCCUGAAGUUCAGCUCCUGUGAGGUGUGAGGAACGGCUGCAGCUGUGCAAGUCAGCACUCACGUGCUUUAGUCCCACUCAGAUGAUACAAACUUUGUUUUCACCCUGCCACCCAGUCUGAGGCUGUUGCUUACCCGAUAGACGCCCAUGGCAACUGCAAUAAGUGGCUUUAAAAGUCGGCCAGAAAAGUGCUGCUUCUAUAAGGCAAUAUUUAAAAAAUUACCCCAACUGUAGAGAGCUGUGGUUCAGGCUGAAGUCAAGAAGAGAUUUUGCAGCAGAAAAGGUCCCCUGGUGCCACACAGGAGCCGCAUCUCCUGCCCUCACCUUCCUCGGGGAGCUGCGUCGCUGAGGACUGCGAUUUCUGGCUCCUCAUCGCCAACCCAACUGCUCACAGCUCAAAUCCCUGCUGAUGUUCUCAGGAGGGAACGGAGGCCCGGAGGGAGCGGCCGCCUGCUCGCAUCCGAUGUCAGCACGCUCGGGUUCUCAGCAGAAGCGCUGCCUGCGUGCGGAGGCUGAAUUUGUCGUGGCAGGAGGAAGGAGGUGGGAUCCCAGUCUGUGACACAACGGCUUCGCCCGUGCUUUGCUUCGUGCAGAAUGGAACUCAGGUGCAGAGGUUGAGCUGAGGUGCUGCCCCGCAGAGCUGCCCUCGGCCUUUCCCCAUCACACACUAUCAAAAGUCGUGUAAAUUUGGAAAUAGCUCGGUGAUUUUCUAUCUCUGAAAUUCAAGUGUACAUUUGUUACAAUGUACAGUGCUUUUUAACUACGCUUGUAUAUUAAAUUAUUUAAUAGUUUUUGCUUUUCAGUAUCUUUUGUAUGUAGCAGAGAUUAAAACAAGGACCUCGAGACUGAAGUUCUUCCUAAUUUUUGGAUGCGGAUGUAAAGCUGAACAGAAAACCAGAAGUUUACAGUUUACAAACAACGUUCUGUUAAUUGCUCGGUCUGUCUGACUCCAUUUGAACGAUGUAUUUCUAAUCUUUCUUGUCCGAUCAUUUAAUUCUCUAUAAAAGCAAACACGAAGUCUUUUAUGAACUUCUA